AUGGUGCUUGUCGGACUUUUAGCCGCCACGAUUGUGAUGCUUUUGAUGCUCGGUGCUAACAACUACUGGUCGAUCAAAAGACGGCGGGAAAACAUCGGUAAUUCGUACGAGUUUUACGUCGAUGAUCUCAUCAACACGACCGGCGUAGGCGUGAUUAUUUUUAGCAAGGACGGCGAAAUUAUUUGGGUUUCGCGGUUUGUAGACGAACGUUUUGAAAAAACGUUGAUCGGUCAAGAUUUAAACGUGCUGGGAGAAGACUUUGCCGAAAAACUUCAGUCUGGCAAAGAUAAAUUUCGCUUUGAAGCUAACGCUCUGGUUUACGAAGCGCAAGUCAACGCCCACAACCGCACGAUCGUAGUCAAAGAUGUGACAACCGAACAAAAUCUGCUCCGCGCUUACCGCGACGAAAAAGUUGUUUUUGGAGAACUUGAGAUUGAUAACUACCAACAACUCCAAGGUGUUUUGCCCGAAGACGAACUUUACCGAGUCCAAACGAUCGUUUUAAAGAUGCUAGACCAACUCGUAAACCGCUACAACAUCAUUUACCGUCAGUACGUACACGGCAAAUACAUCUUGGUCUGCAACGAAAGCGUGCUGGAAGAAUUUAAACGUCAAGAGUUUAGUUUUCUUGAUGAAGUGCGCAACGAAAACGUGAUGAAUGGCGUUCGCUUGACGAUUUCAAUUGGUUUUGGUGCCGGAUCAGCUCAACAAAAAGAGUUGCUUGAACUAGCCAAAGAUGGACUGCUUCAAGCUCAGUCGCGCGGCGGCGAUCAAGUGGCGGUUGAAUACAGCAACUUAAAACCGCGCUACUUCGGAGCUAAGACCGAGAUUGCAGCUCCUAGUUCGCGGGUUAAAAUUAAACAAAUUACCUCCAUGAUUGAGGAAAAAGUUCGCCAAGCGUCGGUGCGAAACGUGAUCAUUUACGGUCACAUUGACGCCGAUCUUGAUGCGAUCGGAGCCGCUUUUGGAGUGUACGAACUACUCAAAAACAUCGGUAAACCGAUAUACAUUCAAAACAAAAUUUACGAUAAAACCGUCGAAAAAGUGCUUGAUGACUUCUUUGAGCGCGACGAACUUGAGAUUUUCAUCACCCCGGCUCGAGCCCAAAAACUCACUUCCCGGGGAACGGUGAUUUUUAUCGUUGACACAGCCGAAAUAAGCCGGAUUGAAAACCCGCGCGCGUUUGACAAGGCUAACUUAAGCAAUGUUUACGUAAUUGACCACCACCGCGCCAGUCAACUACCCAACGAAAUACCAAUCGAAAACAUUUACAUUGACACGUUCGCUUCUUCCACUUCCGAAAUAGUCACUGAAAUGCUGAUUUUUUCCCGCUACGCGGUCAAACCGUCCAAAAAUUCGGUCCAACUGAUGCUGAACGGCAUCUACCUUGAUACCAAACAAUUUCAAAAAUCGAUUUCUUCCAAAACCUUUGACGCCGCUUCUUGGCUAGAAAAACACGGCGCUCAAUCGCAAAUCGCCUCCGAAAUUUUGAAAAUUCCGAGCAAAUACUCAAUGCUGGUUAACGCUAUUUUGAGUGAACUUCGCGAAGUUAAAGAAGGCUAUUUUCUAGCUGCUUACGAUGGCGAAGUGCCCGAUGACAUUGUUUCGCUGGCAGCUGACGAAAUUUUACGGACCCAAGGUCGCAAGGCGGCUUUUGUGAUCGCCAAAACUCCCGGCAAAAAAGUUUGGAAACUUUCGGCGCGCGGGAUUAACACCAACGUCCAAACCAUUGCUGAGCAAGUCGGUGGUGGCGGACACUUUGGAGCUAGCGCGGCUCAGUCAACCGAACCGCUCAACGUUUUCCUUGACAACGUAAUUCAAGCAAUCGUCUCCCGGAAAGGCGAUAAAUAA